CAAGAGGAGUUAUGAUCUAAAAAUUGCACCGCUAUCGUCUCCGCAGCGCUACACACGGAAGAGUGAAAUAUCCCUUUGCCCUCUUUCUGAAGACCGACUGACUGACGAUGAGCUGAACAGGCAGCAGCCCGACUCUCCCCUCCGCGUCAUCACGUCACUCCGCCUGUCUUCCGCCGCGCCAGGCGUCUGCGUCGUCUAGUCUGGUAGGUCGUCCCCGUGCGCAAUUCCGUCUUCUUCUUCUUCUUUCGUCAAGGUUUCGAUUCAAGAGUUCUCAUUGAUUUCCCGAAUUCAGAUCUCAAUCUAGAAUACCAACGCUGCCCCUUGUAAAGAUAUAGAACUUGCUUCAUUGGUUGAGUAGAAAAUGGCUCUAAGUGCACCCAUAGCAAGAAUAAGCACAGGUCCAACCCUGUUGGUUCCGCCGUGUAACAAUAGGGGAGUGAUGAUUGUGAAGGCAUCAUCUUUGGGAACUUGCUUUCUUGGCCGUAAAGUUGGAGCUCUAAAGCUUGCAGUCGCAAAGCGUCCUCAUUCCAAUAAAUUCAAAUUGGGUGCCCUGAGCACCAGCAGUAAUUUGUUCGACAGAUUUGCCAGAGUAGUCAAGUCUUAUGCCAAUGCCAUCAUUAGUUCCUUUGAAGACCCAGAGAAAAUCCUGGAGCAAACAGUGAUAGAAAUGAAUAAUGAUUUGAUAAAGCUGCGCCAAGCUACAGCACAGGUCUUGGCAUCACAGAAGCAGUUGGAAAAUAGAUACAAAGCUGCGCAACAAGCUAGUGAGGACUGGUAUCGUAGAGCACAGCUUGCUCUUGGGAAGGGAGAUGAGGAUCUUGCGCGUGAAGCUCUUAAGCGAAGGAAAUCUUAUGCUGAUAAUGCAAAUGCAUUGAGGGCUCAGCUUGAUCAGCAAAAGGGUGUAGUUGACAAUCUGGUCAACAAUACACGGCUUUUAGAGAGUAAGAUACAGGAAGCAAAGUCAAAAAAGGAUACACUAAGAGCCCGUGCUCAGUCUGCUAAGACUGCAACCAAAGUAUCUGAAAUGCUGGGUAACGUGAACACUAGCAGUGCCCUUUCAGCAUUUGAAAGAAUGGAGGAAAAAGUUUUGGCAAUGGAGUCUCAAGCGGAUGCUCUUAACCAGCUAACAAGUGAUGAGCUUGAAGGAAAGUUUGCAUUGUUGGAGAGCUCUUCAGUUGACAGUGAUCUGGCUGAUUUAAAGAAAGAAAUUGCUGGAAAGACCAAGAAAGGUGAACUUCCACCUGGGAGAACACCUGUUGCUGGAACAAGGUCAUUGCAGUUUCAGGAUGCCGAUAUUGAGAAAGAACUGAAUGAACUACGAAGGCGAGCCAGUGAUUUAUAGGAACCAUAUGGAUGAUGAUGAUGAUGACGAUGAUCUUGCCAUCAUUUUUUUUCUUCACUCCGUAUGGUUUUCGUGCAACGAAGAAUUGCCACAUGAAGAAGAGGCAUGCGAGGAAAGCAAAAACCAAAAUGGCUAUCAGAUUAUAUUUCUGUUUUGUUAAUUGUAUUAUUAUUUUUAACUGAAAGUGAUUCUUCAACACACUUUGUGCGUGAACUAUUUGGAUGCCUAUACAGUGAGUUUAUUUUGCCUUUGUACAUGAAAUGAGUUGAUGAUGGUUAUUCAGACUUGGCAAUAUUGGCAAUGGUUUUGUGUCGCUGGUUUACACUUCUUCCAUUUGGACAUAUGUGAAAUAAUGGAGUCAUGGACCU